AUGCGUGCUAUGAACAAAUUAGUCGAUUUUUCUGUGAACUAUAUCCUCAUCAUAUUGAGGACAUCGUCGAAUUUAACUGGAGGUAUAGAAAGGAUCUUGCAACAUGCCUGGAACCAGUCGAUGUCCAAUAUCUUGAUUGUUGAGAAUCGCUUGCGGACAAAAACUAGAACAUUAGCUGGAAGAUCCUCCGAUAAUUCCCAUUUCCUCACCUGUGGACUUUUAAAAUGUCAUGGUACGAUCAGAAAAAUCAAAGAAGACAGACCAGUCCAAGUAAUAAUGCAUCAGUUCAAUUUUUUCACCAAAAAAUUCUAUCACCAACAAGCGACUUCUGAUGUUCGGCUGUUCCCCAAUUUCGCGGACAAUAUGCAUGGGCAUGCGAUAAGAAUACAGUAUUCGGACACCACUAAUGAUAUGAUUGACAGCAUCACUCGAACUUUGAACGUCACUACUUUAGCAGUAACGGGAUUUCCAUCGGAUCAGCCAGCCGAUUCUUACGAGGACUUUCUGAACACAAGCUUAGUUGACAUAUUUAGUCUUGUUGUUCUCUUUAAUGAUACGGAGUUCUCCAAAUCCAGAUUAAUUACAAUACGACCAAUCGUUAUGCUCAUGCCUAAUGAGUAUGAGUUCAAUAACGAAAUACUUAACGGCAGUUUAGUGAGUGGUACUUACAUAUUGCUCAUCCUCAUGGCUGUUUGGAUCGUGACUGUUCUUCUGAAGUUUCACGAGAAUAUUUGGAAGUUCUUUGCGAUUUUUAGCUUGAUAUUUUCCAUCGGAAUGUCUCGUGAACCCUCGAAGAAUCAUGAGAGAAUUCUAUUCAUCGUCGUCACCACACUGGGGUUCAUGUACUCUAAUGAAAUUUAUGCUUCCUUCACGAAUCUCGGUAUUGAUCCUCUCGUGGAGAAGGAGUAUGAUACCUUUGAACAGAUCGAUGAGGUAGGAUUGCCGAUCAUCUCGACUGAGGGAGAUAUCAACAGCAUUUAUGCGGAAGCUGAUGGGGCCAAAUUAAAUUUGAGAAAGAAAACUGCAUCCCCAGAUGCAUUCAAGGACAUUGACUGUGCUGAAAUGGCGGCUUUGCAUCACAAUGUUAGUUGUUUGAUGUACAAGGCGGUGGCGGAGGAUAAAUAUUGGUUUUAUAGGGAUGGCGGUCGUCAUCGAUUGAAAAUCGGAAAACCCAUAUUUUGUUUUGCUAUGUUAACUGCCGCUUUUCGUCACGGUUUGCCUGGUAAAAAAAAAAUGAAUGUCAUUGUUGAACGAUAUCGGGAAAUGGGGUUAAUGGCUCGGUACUACUCAUUGAACCAGGCAACGAUUCCAGGGAAUGAGGAAAUUGAAGACAACGACGCAGAAAACAAAUCAACGUCAGAGUUUCUGCGACAAAUUAUAGUACUCACAUUUCUGGGACAUUCAUUUGCUGUAAUCGUGUUUAUUGGAGAAUGUUUGGUUUAUUCGUGCAGCAGGUCACCUGAAACAAAUGAAGAAAAAGUUGAAGUCAACCAAUAUGGGAGUGUUAAAAGGGAAAUGAAAAGGCAGGAAAGUUGGAGUCCUGUUGUUUUUCGAAUUAUUCAUUACUGCAGGCCAAAAAAAAUAUUUUCAUCAUGCUGCGGGCAAAAGUGUGUGAAUUGUGGCGGAAAAAUAGUGCGAACUUCACGAACAAUGCUUGCUGGAGGCUGUUUUUGAGUUUACGUACGCCACUUUCUCGUGACACUGUUCGAUGAGUUAAUUUUCAUCGUCGAUUGUCAAAAUCAUCUGCAAUGGCCGGGAUUAAAGGUUAUUCGGUACAAUUACUUCUCAUUGAACGUGAUAGAUAAGAAAAAGGACAUAUCUUGACGACAUUGUACAAUUCUCCAUUUUUACGAGGAUCAUUAUGGAUUGUGUGGGCAUUUCAUUAAAGUGAAAACAAUUCAGAAUUCAAGGCAACAUAACCUACAAGAUCAGAUACAUUCUUCGUUGUUUGGUCACGACUUGACAUUUCGGUUUAUUUAAUUGUUGAAUCUCAGAUGUGUUUUUCUGUUCUCCAGGAGUUAACCUUUUUUACUGCUCGGGGAUUUCUAGUUGUCUAAUUAUUGACAGAACUUGAACUUGCAUGAUGAGAUACCUUACAAACUACAAAAAUGACACAUUCCAUUCUCUAUUAGCCUUAAAAUUCAUGAUAAAUAUGUCAUAGAUCUUGAUGACUUAAUUAACAGGAUGUUUUCUUCUUUAUUUUUCAUGCCCUGUUUUGGUGGAUCGACUGGACAACUACAGC